CAUGGUUUCGGAAAGGAAUGAAGGACAUAUUUCAUCACAAGCUGUGGAAAGUAAGAGCCGUGAAAAGAAGGCUGUGCUGCAAAAAGAACUAUCAACUACUUUAUCAGAUAAAAAGAAAUGUUUUGCUUGUAAUGAGACAUCGCACAUUUUGGUUCAAUGCAGGAUCAAAGGAAAAAUUGUUUCUGUGGCACAACUAUUUGGCCAUGCUACAAGAUUUCCAUUCUACAUGAUUCAACCUUCAGAGCAGGCAGUUGCAAAAGAGAAAUUUUACCAUCACUGCCUGCUGAUCACAUCUAAUAUCAGUAACUUGGACCUGGGUAAAGUGAAAGAUGAACUACAGAAGAUUUGGAAGCUGCCUAAUGACUGGGAAUUAAGAAGAGAAUGCAGAGAGAGUUUUUUAGCAUCCUUCAGCUCGGAGGAUGACCUAAUAAGUUGUUUAAAGCAUCCCAAAAUGGAAGCAUCUCUGGAGGAUAAGGAGGUAAAAUUCACUGUGACAAGGUGGAAGGAAGGCGAUGAGGAAAGCAUUGACUUGAUUAGAAAGUGGUUUUUAGUGUGUGGGGUCCCAAGAAUACACAGAAACUGGAAGGAGUUAUAUCAAGUUGUUUCUGCGUUUGGAGUGUUGAUUGAGGUGGAUGAGGAGAGUUUGGAAGUAGGGGAUAAGGAGCCUAUUAGGCUGAAGAUGGCAUUAAGAAAUCUUGAUGGCGUUCCUUUCUCUUAUCACUUUGUGUUUGGAUGGUCUUCUAGAAUGGUUACAUUCACAAUAGAAGACAAAGUAAAAAGUAUAGAACACCAAAUGAAUGAGUUAGAUGAAUGGAAUGGUAAAGAUCAUUUUGAUGGCUUCAAUAACAAUUCUGAAGACAAAAGGAACAUAGCUAUUGGGAUGCCUCCAAGAAGCUGCCAUAAUACAAGGAUUGUAGCUUUAAAAGGCAACCAUGUGUUAGACUUGGAAGGUUGUUCACACAAGGUGCAUGAAAAGGAACUGAAUACAGCACAAGCAGGUAUAUUGCUGGAAGAGCCGAAGUUAAUUGAGGAGUUAAGAUUUGACAGAGAGGUCAAAGAAAACAAAAUAAAUGCUCCAGCAGCCUCUACAAUCAACUCCAAGAAAACAACUGAAGAAAGUACAAAAGCUGAAGGGGCACAACUUAUAGGUGGUAGUUCAACAAGCAUGGUUGGAGAAGAGCACUUCAGAGCUAUACCAAAGCCUCCUGUCAUACAUGUGUUUAAAAGAAGAGCUAAGAAACAGCAAGGAUCAAUUGAGCAGAAAGUUAAUGAAGGAAUGGGUCCAGAGAACAGCAGUUACUCCACAAGGAAUGGAUCUUUGACAGGGUGCAAUAUGUUGGAUUUCCAAAGUUGUUCAGAAAAGGAACAUGAAAAGGAACUGAAUAUGACAGAAAAAGCUCUAGUGGGGGAAAGUCCAAAGUCAGUUGAAGAGUUUGGAGCAUAUAAGGAGAACAAAGACAACAGUGGGGCUCCAGAUGCUGCUACAAUCAACUCUAAGAAGCAAACAACAGAAGACACUUCAAAAACUGAAACAGCACAGUUGAUCAGUGGAAGUUCAACAUGCAUGAUUAAAGGGAUACACAGAAAAGUUGACACUGCUUCUGAAGAUGUUGGCAUGGAUGGAAUGGGACCCAAAGGAGUAGAAUUCCAUGAAAAGCAUUAUGCCUCUAAAAUGGAUGCACGGCUUGCUCAAAGUUCCAAGGAAUUCAGCACACACAAUCAUAUCUGUGAGAGUUUCAGUGAGAUGGGUCUUCAAGAAAACCUACUGAAGGGGAUAUAUGCAUAUGGUCUGGAGAAGCCUUCUGCAGUCCAUCAAAGAGGAAUUGUUCCUUUAUGUAAGGGUUUGGAUGUUAUCCAGCAGGCUUUGUCAGGAACAACUGUGACACUUUGCUGUGGAGUUCUGCAGCGACUUGACUAUGGAUCUGCAGAAUGCCAGGCUUUGGUUCUUGUACCAACGCGUGACUUGACGCUGGAUACCAAGAAAGUUAUUGAAGCAAUUGGUCAAUAUCUUGGUGUUAAAGCCCAUGCUUGUUCUGGAGGAACUAGUCUACGUGAGGACCAACAAAUUUUAUCAAGCAGAGUUCAGGUCGUCGUAGGCACUCCUGGUCGCAUUCUUGACUUACUGUGCAGCGGAUCACUCCGUCCAGGCCACAUUAAAAUGUUUAUUUUGGAUGAAGCAGACGACCUACUCACAAGAGUUUUCAAGGACCAGAUCUAUAAUAUCGUCAAGCUUCUCCCAACCAAACUUCAGGUUGGAGUCUUCUCUGCCUCCAUUUCCACUGAAGCUCUCGAGGCUAGCCGCAGGUUCAUGGAUAAGCCUGUGACAAUUACUGUGCCAAGAGACGAAGAACUUAAGUUCAUCAGUAUGAAGCAGUUCCACGUCAAACUUGAGAAGGAAGAACUGAAGCUUGAAAAAUUGUGUGAUCUUUUUGACACUAUGGUGCUCACACAAAGCAUCAUCUUUGUCAACACACGGCGUAAGGUCAAGUCAUUAAUGGACAAGAUUAGAGGCAAGGAUUACACUGUCUCGGCAAGCCAUGGCGGCAUGGAUCAGCCCGCCAGGGACACUGCCAUCCAGGAAUUUCGGUCUGGGUCAUCCCGCAUACUCAUCACCACCAACCUUCAUGGCACUGAUAUGGUGCAGGCCCCUAUUGUCAUCAACUAUGACCUGCCAACACAACCGGUGCACUACCUUCGUCAUCUUCAACAAAACAGGCAGUCUGGGACGAAGGGCGUGCUCAUCACUUUUGUAACUCGUGCUGACAAGCGCAUCCUCUUUGACAUCCAGAGGUUUUGCAACAGCCAGAUCGAUGAGCUACCCUCCAAUUUUGCUGACCUCUUGUGAUCUAUAUAAUGGUGGCUAUGAGUGCAGAACUGAUCCUAAGGGUAUCUACCCAAGUUCUUACAGGCUAUAAGGAAACUUACCCUGCUUUCAAUGAUGUGGUCAGAUAGACUCUUGCUAUUUUGU